UCGCUACACUAACUAAUUCAUUUUGAGUUCUCACACUAUCAACCUCAUCCACCAUCUGUAGCUCCGACGAUACCACCACCGUCUUAUCGUACCAUCACACUAUAACCUCUUUAUCGGUCUGACCGUCACCCAGCCUUCCUUUAGCCCUUGAGUCACUGGUAAACUUCCUUUAUCCCUUGAGUCACUGGUAAACUUUAAACCUAACUCUUUCUCUAACCUCGUCGGUGUUCACAUGGGCGCCUGAAAGGUGCUUUUAUAAGAGUGCGGCGCUAAGAAAACUUCUUAUUUUUCCGCUGGGAAAACACACGCGAUAUCUCGUUCACUUCGUCUUCAGUUGCACCCCCGCCAUUCCCGCUCCGACGAGCGCUCCCGCCCGCCCGCUCCGAUCCCGCAUGAGACCUGACCACGUUUCGCUCCUGCCUGCCCCGACCGAACACUUCCCAGCCUCUCGUCACCUCCGCUGCCGUUCGAGCCCUAUUUCUCUCGAUCGCUAUUGGCUUCGUUGCUCCGAGGCUUCCAGUUCGUGCACCGGUCGCCGUCCUCCGCCGGCCCGUUCGUCGCGAUGGGGCGCGUGAAGCUGCCGAUCAGGAGGAUCGAGAACAACACGAACCGGCAGGUGACCUUCUCCAAGCGCCGGAACGGGCUCAUCAAGAAGGCCUACGAGCUCUGCGUCCUCUGCGACAUCGACAUCGCGCUCCUCAUGUUCUCGCCAUCGCCCUCCAGCCGCCUCAGCCACUUCUCCGGAUACUGCGGGGUGGAGGACGUGAUCCUUCGGUACAUGAACCUCUCGGAGCACGAUAGGGGAGAAGCCAUCCAAAAUCGAGAGUAUCUCAUCAGCAUGCUCCAGCGGCUCAAACGGGAGGGCGACAUGGCGACACAGCUAGCCAACCCGGGGGCACUGAAUGAAAAUAUCGAGGAGAUUCAGCAGGAGAUUUACGCUUCGCAGCAGCAGCUGCAGGUCGCCGAGGAACGGCUAAGGCUGUUCGAGCCAGACCUUGCCGCGUUCGGCUCCACGAGCGAGAUCGACUGGUGCGAGAAGUUCCUCAUGGACGUGCUCACUCGCGUCGUCGAAAGGAAGAACUGUUUGUUGAGCAAUCACAUGGCGCCCUUCGAUCCGACAGCGCCUGGGAUGGAGGGGUCAAAUGGGGCGCAGCUGCACGUGAACCCGGACCAGGCGGAAGGCAUGGGCACGUUCGCCGGCGACGCCGCGCUGUGGGCCGCCGGCGGGGGGUCAGACCCCGGCCAUCAGAUGUUCGACGCAUCGGACCCGUUGAUCUACCUCAGGGACCAGGACGUGUACGACGCCACGUCCCAGGUGCCCGGGCUGCACGGCGACCCGUGCGCGGCCGGUCCCAGCGCCGGCGGCGAGUGCGACGCAGAGGCGUGGCGGGAGGCGUACACCUGCACCGAGCUGCUCUCCACGCUCAUCCCCGCCACGCCAUUCCCUCUCAUGACGCACUGCCUGGGGCCGGACGAUCAGUUCCUUCCGAUGCAGGAGGGGAUGCUGGCGCAGGAGCAGGUGGAGGCGUCGGCGAGCUGCUCCUACGUGCCCAGCGACGAGACCGGCACGCCCAACGUCGCCUGAGCUGACCCGACGAACUCACCAGCAGUACUUACAACAUAGUAGUAGAACAUAUCAGAAUCACAAGAGAAUAAUUUCAUAGCUAGUGCGCACCUGUGCUCACAAGAAUGAAAGCAAGGUGACGCAGAAUCUGUUCAUAAAGUCUCACGAAAUCAGGACGCGAAUCGUUCGCAGAAGUUACAAUGAUACAGAUGACUAGACGAUUCUUUCCUACCAACGGACGAAUCUGGAGACCGCCUGAAGAACGGAGAGAUGGCAUGGUGCUCUGUUCUCCCAUCGAAGGAAGAUCCAUCCAUGUAAAGAUGUGCAGUGCGGCGUCAGCUUUUUUCGUUUCUGACAAAGAAGGGCACUACAAAACUAAGGUCAUGGAAUGAUCAAGAAUGUUCCUUCCUGUUAGAUGUCCAGUCGGUUUCUGUCAGCACAGAUAGGUUCCUUAGCCAUGAAUUAACCCCAAACCUGGCUUUAUUUCAAAA